CGGGGAGCGGGGAGCGGGGCGCGGAGCCCGGCCCGGCCCGGCCCGGCCCGGCCAUGCCCCCCCCCGGCAGCGGGCAGGCCCUGGCGCUGCGCUGCGAGUGGGAGCGCUGCUGCUACGUGGCCUCGGGGAUGGAGGAGUUCUGCCGGCACGUCGGGCAGCACCUGCAGCGGCCCCGCGGCCCGCCCGACCCGCUGGAGGAGUACACCUGCCUGUGGCAGGAGUGUGGCUUCUGCUCCCCGGAGAGCUCAGCCGACCUCACCCGCCACGUCUACUUCCACUGCUACCACACCAAGCUGAAGCAGUGGGGGCUGCGGGCCCUGCAGAGCCAGUCUGACCUCAGCCACUGCCAGCUGGACUUCCAGAGCAGGAAUAUCAUCCCUGAGAUCCAGGAGAACUUCCUGUGUCUGUGGGAGUACUGUGAGAGAUCCUUUGAUAACCCCGAGUGGUUCUAUCGGCACGUGGAGGAUCACAGCUUCUGCUCGGAGUACAAGGCAGCAGGGAAGGAGAACCAUGUGGUGCUGUGUGGCUGGAAAGACUGUGACUGCAGCUUCAAGGGGCGCUGCAAACUGCGGGAGCACCUGCGCAGCCACACGCAGGAGAAGGUGGUGGCCUGUCCCACCUGUGGGGGGAUGUUUGCCAACAACACCAAGUUCUUCGACCACAUCCGCCGUCAGACCGCGCUGGAACAGCAGAGGUUCCAGUGCUCCCACUGCUCCAAGAGGUUUGCCACCGAGAGGCUGCUCCGGGACCAUAUGAGGAACCACGUGAACCACUACAAGUGUCCCCUGUGUGACAUGACCUGCCCCCUGCCCUCCUCCCUCCGCAAUCACAUCCGUUUUCGGCACAGUGAGGAGCGCCCGUUCAAGUGUGACUACUGUGACUACAGCUGCAAGAAUCUCAUCGACUUGAGGAAGCACCUGGACACGCACAGCAAGGAGCCCGCCUAUCGCUGCGAGUUUGAGUCUUGCAGCUUCACUGCACGUUCCCUCUGCUCCAUCAAGCUCCACUACCGGAAAGUCCACGAGGGUGACUCGGAGCCCCGGUACAAGUGCCACGUCUGUGACAAGUGCUUCACACGUGGGAACAACCUCACUGUCCACCUCAGGAAGAAACACCAGUUCAAGUGGCCCUCAGGGCAUCCUCGCUUCAGGUACAAGGAACACGAAGAUGGCUACAUGAGGCUGCAGCUGGUGCGUUACGAGAGCGUGGAGCUGACAGAGCAGCUGCUGAAGGACAGGGAGAAGCAGGGAGAGGCACUGGAGGGCCCCACCGAGUGUGUGGUGCUGUCUGAAGGUGAGGGCAACCUGCAGGGCAUCAUCCUGGAGGCCCCAGCAGAUGCUGCCCUGGUGGAGAACAGCACUGCAGAGCUGCAGGAGGCCCCGCUGUGCCCAACAGCUUGUUCUGCUGCCCACCCUGAGCCAGCAGGGCCAGGCGCCUUCCCAGGAGCCUCCCUGUCAUCCCAGCAGGAAUCCAGCUCCCCAGCCAACCCCAUCAUCCGUGUGGUGAACAGGACCAAUGAGCAGGGGGAGAGUGAGACUGUGUACUAUGUGAUGGCCAGCACCUCCUCAGAGGAGCAGGGGGCAGCAGCCAGUGGGCUGGCCAUGGAGCUGGAGGAGAACGUCAUGGACCGUCUGCAGAAGACAGCUGAGGAGCUGGGCAUCCAGAUCGUGUGAGGUGCUCACCUGCCUCUGCAGGUGGAGAGCUUGGGCCUCUGUGGGGUUUUGCUGGUGGAGGAGGUUGGGAAGUGCUUGGAGGAGAGGACUGAGCUUGUCUUCACCUCCCUGCAGGUGGCCAGCUUCCCUCUGCUGCCCCAGCCUCCCUGCCUGUGGGUCUGGGCAGCAUGGGGAGAGGGGAAGGACAGGUUUGUCUCCGUUGUGGAGCAAGUGAGCUGAGCUGGAACGAGCUGUCUGUCUCCUUUUUUGGGGAUUAGGGACUAGCAAGCCUCUCCCACCAUUCCAGGAGGUUUGGCCUUAGGCUGACACAGGCCUUCCUGUCUUGGUCACUCUGAGGCUGUGGUCCCUGCUGCUGUGCAGCUAAGUUCUCAGCCUGGUCCUCAGCUGGACUCUCCCCAGGCAGGGUGGUGUGCUGAGCAGACACUGUUGCUGAAGGCUCUUCCCUGGGGAGAUGUGUGGACCAUAGCAGGCCCCUUCACCCCCUUCCAUACGUCCAAGGGAUGGGGUGUUCCACCUCUGCCUUCACCAGCACUUCCAUGCACAUCCUCCUCCCUAGAUCAUUCAGCUGGUGCUGUUGGUGGUGGGGGCACGAUUGCUCCCAUCACAUUGCACUGGUCUCUGGGAGGAGAGGGCUUAGGGGUCCUGCCAAACUGGGGGAUUGGGAGCUUCUCACUGCUUUUGUCCUUCCCUGGGUUUCCUUCCCACAUUGGGGCUUGGGGUCCUGGCUGAGCAAGGUGUACUUUGGCAAGACAAAUAAAAGUCAGGCUGCCAGGCCAACCAGUGUCUGCUG